AUGACUUUCAAGGUUUCCAUAGCCCCAACAUCCCACUCGAUACGGUCGGUGCGAGUGCAGUCGCAUCCAGCAUGGUCAGCUCCAGAGGCGUCUACACUCCUAAAGCAGGCCACAACUCGAGUGGUAACAGCAGUCGCCGGACCAAGCGACGGGAGCACCGCACCAACGUACAAGCCUGGCAAAUGGGACGUCUACGUGCUGGGCCUCACCAUUGUCAUUGGAGGGCAGUACUUCUGUUGGAACGCUGGCAUCGCUGCGGGUCUCUACAGCUACUUCAUCGCUUAUCUUCUCAUUGGAACUGCGUACAUUGCGCUGUGCUGCUGCACGGCUGAGAUCACUGGAGCUCUACCCUUUGCAGGCGGAGCUUACGGCCUCGCGCGCUGUACUCUUGGAUUUUAUCCGGCCUUUAUGAUCGGCUGCUGCGAAGCUCUCGAGUACAUGGCCUACGUCUCAGUGUCAACCAUCGCGUUCAUCGAUCUCCUCGUGGACACUGUGCUUGAGCUCAAGUCCUACCGUCCGUUGCUGUGGGGGUUGUUCUACCUGAGCGCGCUCGUAUUCCACAUCAAAGGGGGGCGGGCCUUUUGGGUGUUCAACCUCGUACUCGGAGUCGUGUCGCUGUUCAUCGUGGCGCUCUACUGCAUCGGCUCGCUCCCGUUCGUCAGCUUUUCCAAGUACGCGCACGACCCUGACUUGCAAUUCGUGGACGGAUUCUCAGGAUUCAUGAAGGCUCUACCUCUGGCUGCGUGGUUCUUCGUUGGGGUAGAGGCUCUACCCAUGGCCAGCGACCAGAUCGAGCACGCCAAGCACAUCGUCCCUAUUGCCCAAGUCGGCUGCGUAGUGACGCUCUUCGUGACUGGAAUCUUCGUCUAUUUCGUCACCGCUUCCCUCCCUCCUGGACUCGCAGCACUCCCAGCAGAGCUGGUGCCGUUCGACAAGGGGUUCACAUUGAUGCUCAGUAUUCCUCGACAUGCUGCGACGGUUCUAUCGCUGCCGGCAACGUACGCGACCGCGUUUGGCUUCAUGUGGUGCUACGGCAAACUCAUCGUGGCGAUGGCGACGUCGAAGCUCCUACCGUCGUUCCUGAGCAAGACAACUGUGGCCCAUGAGACGCCCUACGCUGCGCUCAUUGCAGGGACCUCAGUCAGCUACGCGAUUUGCCUCGUAGUUUACUGGGUCCCGUCCAUCGGCCAGUACCUCUUCAACAUCUGCAUGCUGGCAGCCUUCAUGUCGUACACGGGGCAAUGCGUCGGCUACAUUUCGCUCAAACACAACUACCGCAACAUCAAGAGCUCGGAGUUUCGAAGUCCGUUCGGGUCCUGGGGGGCAUUCUACUCCAUGUGCGUCUGGCUGCUGAGUACGGUUGGGAUCGUCGCCUUCCAGGGCAAUGGGAGCGUCGAGAGCUUUGCCUUCCUGGCGGUAGUUGCGUCUCUGACGGUGUUCUACUUCGUCUACGCACGGAAACGUCAAACCUUCUCUCCGCAGGAGAACCGAGUCAUGCUCGUGGCCCACGUGACCAAAUUCAACAUCAAGAAGGUGGCGGCAGCUCGACGCCACAAACACCAGACCACAGGCUCCACAAGCGGCAGCCACCACACCACAGGAAGCGAAGCCUCGGAAGGAAGACGCUCGAACCCAAAGGCAACAUUUGGGAAAUCGAUUAGGUCGGUUAGAAGUGGCAGGAGCGGAAGAAGUGCAGGACGAUAG